AUAUCAAUUGGUUCCUGGAAAAUGAUUGUUGUUGUUCCCUGUGUAUAGAGUUGCAAACAGAAAGUGAAAAUGGGGGUUUUGCCUAGUUUAAGGUCUAGAUCAAUUGGCUUGGGUUGUAACUGAAAUUCAGCUGGAUGGUCCGUUAUAUUUGACUGCAGCAACUCUCCGACAAUUGAUCUUUUGAUUCUGUGCCAUUUUAUUCCGAUUACACUGACUACAUUAUAGGACUGGAAGCAGAAUAUUAAAUCUAGAAAGGGCUAGGAUACGAAUUUCACUGGUCACUCAACAACGUUCACAUGACCAGAAGGUUCAUUUCGCGUCCCCCUCCGCCGCCGGGGAGAACCCCCUGGGAGACCGGCAGCCAACGCUCAUCGUCGCUCAGCAUCGGCGAGGUCGGAAGCGAGAACUUCACCACCAUGAGCAGAGAAUUCAAUGCUCUCGUCCUCGCCGGAUCAGAACACGGUGCCACCACCGGCGAAGGUGGCGCCGGCGGGGGAAUAACGUCCCGGAUCACAACCCGCUGUUGGGCAAUUAAUUAUGGCCGAAAUGGAUUAGGGUAAUUAGGGACUUAGGGUUAAAAGGGGUCAAAAUGAGAUUGAAUGGGUUUUAAGGGUAAAACCCAAAAAUAUCCUAUCCCGUCAGAAUGUGACCCAACCCUACUUUGGCCUUAAAGACUAAUUGACCCUACCCGAUCCACAGGGUAAGGGCCAUAGUUACUAGGGGUGUACAUGGGUCGGGUGGUCCGGGUUUAGACAUUUUAAUCACCCGACCGAUGCACUACAGUUUGGAAAAUAUUAAACCCAAACCCACCCAAAAAAAUAUAAACCCUACGGUUUGUUUCUAAUUGGGUUGGGUCGGGUUGCCGAUAAAUUUAAGUAAAAACCCAACCCAACACAAAAUAUGUAAUUAUUCUACACCAUAAAAAUAUUUUAUAACUAAUUAAAAAUUCAAAAGAAUAAACUGAUAUGAAAGGU